ACCAAGUUGAUCGCUUUUUCUUUUCUCUCAUUUGUUUAUGUUUAAUUAUACCAUUCCAUCCCAUAAAAAACAUAUAUAUAAUGAUAAAAAGAUUCAUAAGUAAUUCUAUUAUAUAAUUAACAAUUCAUGAAUAACUUGAAAUUCGAAGUGGAGUUGCUACAUAAUUCAAUUAUGCUUUACGAUAAUAUAUUCUCACUGGAGAACUUGUCGACCGAAGUUUUAUUGAUAAUUUUUAGUUACUUAUCAAUAACAGAAUUGAAGAACUUGAGGAAAGUGUGCAGUCGUUUCAAUAAAAUAAUCAGUCAUCAUUGGGAUCUGAUUCUUUUUAAUCGCCGUGAAAAAUAUUUGGUUACUAAUCAAUGCAGCCAAUAUAUUCAAGAGAGAUCUCAAAGAUUUCUAACACCUUUCGAAAAACAUAGAAUUUCCAAUAAUUGGAAGGUGGGACGUUAUAAGGAGAGUAAAGUAUUUUUAUCGAAGGAAUUUAUACCUCACUUUCAUCUGGAACAAAAUUCUAUAUGGUUUGGCAAAGAUGAUAGUAUAAAAUGUUAUCAAAGGUCUAAAAAAAAGAUAUUUUCAAAUAAACUAAAACAUGACUUUUGUGGUUUUAAUUAUAAGGAUGUAUGCAAGUUUGUUGUUAAAAACGAUAAAGUGUGUACUGCCAAUGGACAUGUGGUCAAACUGUUCUCUUUAGAAAAAGGAGAAUGUACCAGUAAUAUAAGUUUUAAUGAUAUCAGAUUGACCAGUAUUGAUAUGGAAAUGAAUUCAGUAGCUGUUGGAAGUAAGGAAGGUGUAGUACAAUUGUUGAAUGUUUCUGAUGAAUUGGAUUUAGUCCCUUGUAAAAUAUUAAAAUAUGAGGAUCUUGUAUGGUGUCUGGCUUUCAAUAAAGAUAAACUAAGCAUAGGUACUGCUGCAAAUAUAUGUAGGACUUGUAUCAUUGUGACAGACACAGAAAGUGGCCAGACCUUACAUGAAUUCGUUGGAGAUAAUAAUGGCGCCGGAAUUUUGCAAAUGAAAUGGGACAACCCCGAUGUGUUGUGGUCAGGGGGCUAUGACUGUUACUUGAGAAGGUGGGACCUCAGAAUUGGCCAAUGCGUUCAAAAAUUUCUGGACCCUUGGUCUUCAAAAAUUAACUGUUUCGACUACGAUUUCGUUAAUACAUUGAUAACGGGAUGCGACAACAGUAGAGCUACAUUAUGGGAUAUCAGAAAGGACAGAUAUGUGCAGGUGUAUUUUAUGGAAUCUGCUCGUCUCAGUUGGACAACAUCACCGAUACAUAGUAUUGCAUUCGAUGCCGAACAUUUAUUUGCAGCUACAGAUCUUUAUUUGAAUAUGUUGGACUUUUCUGUGAUGAAUGGAGGCUUUCAAGAUUACAGUAAAAUUUUUUUCAAGCAACUUGUGAUAUAAAUUUAUUAAGAAUA